CGUGGAUUGCAAGGCUAGCAAUUCUGCGCCGCAUGAACGUGAUGUGCUGUAGGGUAGUAGUUACUUCCACUGAUCAUCCACCUCACGACCUCUUUGCCAGUGACAUUCCGCGUCGCUUCCGACGAGAUUAACGUUACAAACCCCACGAUCCGUAACAUCAUUUGAGCUGCCUGCCGGGCGCUCAGCUGUCCGUAUUCCGCGUCUGAAAUACGACGUCACCAAUUUUUGAUCUCGAGUGGACACUGCAACUUUUUCACCUAUGCCGACGAAUGGCAGACCCCGGACGCAAGGAUGACUACGCCGACCUCGCGUCGUUUGACGACGAUUCGUCGGUCAUAUCUACACGAGGGCUCGAAGCAUUCAGCCGUAAAGUAACCUCGACCGCAAGCCAUUUGAUGGGCCCGCGUUCCUCUGAUCCCACUUCGAAUCCCCAUUACCACAGCGCCAUGAGCGAGGUGUCGAGACAGCUGCGGAAGCCGGCGCUGCAGCGGAGCAUGCUCUCAAUGGCACGCACGACGCCAACGGACCUCGUACGAUCGCGCCUAUCCACCAAGGAGAUCCAGUCACGUGCGCUAUCGUACGUACCUGAUGAGCUGCUGAAGAACAUACCCGAGAACGAGAACACGUAUUCCUUAUUCCAGGGCUUUCAAGCGAGUUUUCCGGACUUUACCGACGAGGGCAAAAAGCACAGGCGGCGUGUUUCGCGCGGGAGGAAGUUGCUCGACGAAGGGCCCACGACGCCCGAGGGGAGCCCCGAGGCUGUGCACAAGCUGAGAAAGGAGAAGGCUUCCAUGAUGCACCAGCUCGAAAUGCUUGGCAUCCGCAAGAAUAUGGCGAGUAGCGAGAUACGAGAGAUCGAUGCCAAGAUAGAGAACCUGACGGGCAUGCGCCGGAUCAUCUUGGAUAGACUGGCGAACCUGGAGAAGGACGAGGCGCUACUUGAACACGACAUUGUUGAGCUCGAAGGCAGGUUAGAAGAGGCGCAGCAUCUGGCAGCCGAAGUCGAAUCAGUAGCCCUUCAUACCCCUACCAAAUCGGAUGAUGAUCUGGCGUCGGAACGAGGCGAUGCCGGAGGGUUCAUGUCGCAGUCCAUCUACGAGAAACUCCCUUCGGCAACCAGCACGCCUUCCAAGCGGAAAGGGCGAAAUAUUCGGCGCAAAUCGAUGCCGAUACUGCACGAGCACUUCAAGCCCGGUACCAUGAUCCGCUCGAUGCGCGCGCACCAGGACAACAUCACUGCGCUAGAUUUUGACGCCCCCUUUGGUCUGAUGGUCACUGCUGCAAUGGAUGACUCGGUCCGGGUGUGGGAUCUGAACGCAGGGCGCUGUAUCGGGAUGCUGGAAGGUCACACGGCAUCCGUACGAACGCUACAAGUCGAGGACAACUUCCUCGCCACGGGAUCCAUGGAUGCCACGAUUCGACUGUGGGACCUCAGCAGAGCGCAUUACGACCCUCAAGGCAGCUCUUUUGGCAGGGAUGAGGAGGAUGACGGAAUGGCAUUCGAAAACCCGGACGACCAGCCAGUGGAUCCGCCCGCCGGCAGCAUGGCUGACUGCCCCCUCUUCACGCUGCAAGCUCACCUCAACGAGAUUACAGCACUGCACUUUAGGGGCGAUGUGCUUGUCUCGGGCUCUGCUGACAAGACCUUACGACAGUGGGACCUGGUGAAGGGACGGUGCGUGCAGACGCUGGACGUCAUGUGGGCGGCGGCGCAGGCGUCAGUCCUUGCGCCGGCCGGCGACAAUACCUGGCGGCAGACCAGCCGGGCUGCAGACGCCUCGGCUGAUUUUGUCGGCGCGCUGCAAGUGUUCGAGUCAGCAUUGGCCUGCGGCACGGCGGAUGGCAUGGUGCGGUUAUGGGACUUGCGCAGCGGGCAGGUGCAUCGCAGCCUUGUGGGCCACACGGGGCCGGUGACGUGCCUGCAGUUUGACGAUGUCCAUCUUGUUACGGGCAGUUUGGACAGGAGCAUACGGAUAUGGGACCUCCGCACUGGGUCAAUCUACGACGCUUACGCGUACGACAAUCCAAUCACGAGCAUGAUGUUUGACACGCGUCGCAUCGUCUGCGCUGCGGGCGAGGAUGUGGUCAAGGUGUACGACAAGGUGGAAGGGCGGCACUGGGACUGCGGCGCAGGCAUUGUCGAGGCUGAGGAAGCCAAGACGCCUGCCAUUGUCGAACGUGUUCGUAUCCGAGAUGGCUAUAUGGUUGAGGGCCGGCGUGAUGGUGUCGUAGGGGUCUGGACGUGCUAGGCCAUGGCCCGAAAUAUGUCCGUGUACAUACCUGUCUGCAUAUCUGUAUGUGUGACUAGGAUGCGGGCGGUCGUGGGAGGGAGGAGGAAUUUACUCGUACAUAACGUUACAAUUAUACUAGAACUAUGAAAAAGCACUGAGGCUAUAAGGUUAACAACG